AUGGCAUCAACAACAGACAAGCCACAACAGCCCACGCUAGCAAAAGCAGAUCACGCGGACUCAGAAGCUUCUGGAGAUGUGGCAUCCGCGAAGCCCGAACAAUCUCCAGAAGCAGCCCCCGCCCAGGACUUGAAACAAGGAUGGUCUUUCUGGGCGGUGAUCUUGACGCUCUGUUUCACCAGCCUGCUGGGCUCCUUUGAAAACGCCGUCGUCUCCACGUCGAUGCCCUAUAUGAUCCAAGAUCUGAGCAUUGGGACUAACUAUGUCUGGAUUACCAAUGGCUUCUUUGUCGCCAGUGCUGCGGUUCAACCGCUCUUUGGUCAGCUUGCGGAUGUCUUUGGACGCCGAAGGCUCACCCUCGUUAUUGUGGCGAUCCAUACGCUGGGCAGUGGCAUAUGCGGCGGGGCAAGAAACGAAGUCGGUCUGCUCGCCGGUAGAGCCAUUCAGGGGGUGGGUAGCGGCGGCAUCAACAUGAUUAUUGAAGUCAUCAUUUCCGACUUGGUGCCCCUUCGCAAAAGGGGUUACUUCAUGUCCCUGGUCCUCUUGGUGGGGAGCUUGGCCCAGCACGUCGGAUGGCGAUGGGUCUUUCUCAUCAAUCUUCCCAUCGGAGGCACAUCGUUGGCCCUCUUGUACCUCGUGCUCAAAGUCAGGGACGACAAGACGACACCUUUAAAAGACAAGAUCAAAGGCAUUGACUUUGUCGGCAACUUUAUCAUCAUCGGCUCCACGGUCUCGGUGCUCUAUGCUCUCACCAUAGCAGAGUCGACCUACCCUUGGGGAGCCUGGCAGGUCCUGGUCCCUUUUCUGUUGGGCUUUGGAGAUACCACACGCGCCAUCAUCUUUACCAAUACCUUGUUCACCUCGAUUUUGACCUAUUGGAUGCUCUAUUUCCGCCCCCUCUACUUCCAGUCCGUCCUGCUGUCGGACCCUACCCUUGCCGGCCUGCAGAUGAUGCCAAGCACUAUUGGUUCACUCCUGGUCUCCGCCGGGUCCUCUGCCGCUCUGUCCUGGAUCGGCCGCUACAAGAUCUUUCACACGGCCGGAUUCGGUAUUCUCACUCUGGGCCUUGGUCUCCAUUCCGUCCUGGACAGGUACUCGCCUCCGGUCCGAUGGGUCAUGUUCCAGAUCCUCACCGGCACCGGGGUCGGCAUGGUAUUAAACACCCUCCUGCCUGCCCUACAGGCAAGUCUGCCCGAGGAAAAGGUCGCGGCUGCAACAGGCUCGUGGGCGUUCAUGAGGAGCUUUGGAAACGUCUGGGGAGUGGCCAUUCCAAACGCCGUGUUCAACAACAAAUUUGACAGGCUUGUCGACACCAUCACCGACGAUCGAGUCAGGGAGCAGUUUUCGGCAGGACGUGCCUACGAGCAAGGAACUCAAACGGCCAUAUCCCAGCUUUUUGAAGCUAGCCGAGACCAGGUCUUGACGGUAUAUGAACGCUCGCUUCAGUUGGUCUGGUUGGCUUCAAUUGCCUUUGCUGGGGUUGGUUUUAUUCUAUCGCUAGUUGAAAAGGAGACACACCUGCGCACCAAGCUUGAUACCAAAUAUGGACUGGAGAAAAAGCAAAAGGGGGAACCGGCCGGCAGUGCAUAA